CAUUUGGUGGUGAAUAUCGUAAGCCAAAUUUAUUGGAAACUACAUUAUACAUUGUGGGGCUUAUAGUACAUAGUUUAUUCAUUUGUUUUGCUUUAUGCACAUUGUAUGUUGUUAAGAAUAUUGAUUUAGAUUCAAUAACUAAUUUAAUGCCAGUUGUAUUUGGUAUCUCGAUGACCAUUUUAAAGGGUUCAACAUUAUGGUUUCAUCGACGUGAGUUAUUUACAAUUUUAAAAGAAUUUCACACUCGAUGGAGUUACACUAGGACAAAAGUUCACUCACAAAAUAAAAUUCAUAUGCUCAUCAAUACUUCGAAGAAAGUACGGUAUUGUUAUAUGACUGCUAUUUUAGUCACCAGUUUAUCUUUUGGUCUACGUCCAUAUGUGAUACUACUUACUUACUAUUUCGAAACUGUCGUCCUUCAGUCAAAUACUACGAUUGAUUUUUCAGUUGUUAUUUACCCACUUGUCUAUCCAUUUGCAUGUCAGACAAUGAAUCGUUACGUUUUAUUGUUAAUGUAUGAACAAUCUGUUAUGUUUUUUGCUAUCUGUUACGUCACAUGUGAGACUAUUUUCAUUCAACUUAUGACUCACACUUCAAUUAACUUUUUGGUAUAUAAAUUAUAGUGAUAAAGUUUGCUAGUUAACUAAAAAUCGAUUGAUUCGAUUCAUAGGUACUAGCUGAUGAUUUUAGAAAUAUGAAUCAACAUAUUGAUAUUAAUAAUAACGAUAGCGAUAACAAUAAUGUUGGUGAUCAACAUAUGAUAGAA